UACCUGAAUACGAAAAAGAUGGAGACUUUGUCAUUGGGGGAAUUUUUUCCUUCCGCACUGAGCAAGAUCGAAUAGUGGACACUUUCAUCAAUAUGCCAGAUAGACGCCAAUGCAAAAAUUUCAAUUUCAGAGAAUUCAAGUUUGCUCAUACUGUUAUUUUUGCAAUAGAAGAAAUAAACAGAAACCCUGAUAUUUUGCCUGGGAUCUCUUUGGGAUACAAGAUUUAUGAUGACUGUGGCACCAUGGAUAUACUAAGGGCAGCCAUGAAUUUGAUAAAUGGUCAGCAGAGGACAGAAAACUGUACUAAACCAGAUGCCAUACAAGCAAUAAUUGGACAUUCUGGGUCAACACCAACAAUAGGAUUUGCCAGAGUAAUUGGGCAGUUUCAGAUACCAGUGAUCAGCCACUUUGCAACAUGCCCUUGCUUGAGUAACAGAAAAGAGUUCCCCUCCUUCUUCAGAACCAUUCCCAGUGAUUACUACCAGAGCAGAGCUCUAGCUCAACUUGUCAAACACUUUGGCUGGACCUGGGUUGGAGCCAUAAGCAAUGCAAAUGAUUAUGGCAUCAAUGGGAUGGCUGGUUUUAUGAAAGCAGCAAAAGAGGAAGGAGGAGAUCAAAGUGUUAGUGGCAGAACUGCACCGACAAAACAUUUCUGGUCUGCAGUGGGUUGGCAGUGA